AGGUUUUGAGAGUAUUUUAGAAGGGCUUUAUGGACCAUGGCUACAAAGAGACCUCAGUUUAUUUGAAGACUGUGAACCAGAAGAGCUGACUGACUGGUCUAUGGAUGAAAAAUGUUCAUUUUGUAACCUUCAGAGAGAAGCAGUUAGUGACUGUAUGCCAUCUCUUGAUUCUUCACAGUCAACACCAACGGAGAAACUAUCAUCUCACGGCCAGCCCAAUGCUGAUAAGAUUGAAUGUCAAGCAGAAAAUUACCUAAAUGCACUCUUUCGAAAGAAAGGUGAUCUACUCCCUGAACACUCGCCAAGAUGAGGCUGAGGCCAGCUUGGAGACAAUGCGAGAGGCCCACCAGGAGGAGCUCCAGAAUGCGGUGGCAGAGACCAAGGCCAGCCUCCUGCAGGACCAGGGCCGUGCCACCGAGGAAGAGGCCCUGCUGCAGCACAUUCAGAGCCUGGAGAGUGCCCUGGAGCAGCAGAAGACGCUGACCAAGGAGGCGCUGGCUGAGUCGGCCUCCUGCAGGCUGGAGACCAAAGAGAGGGAGCUUCGGGUGGAAGCUGAGCAUGCCGAGCGGGUCCUGACCCUGAGCAAGGAGAUGCUGGAGCUCAAAGCCGACUACGAGAAGAGGCUCCGCCACCUGACCGGCCAGGAAGCACCCCAGUGGGGCCAGCUUCCCCGGGAGAGCCCGGACAAUCAGGGGAAACCGGGCCAGGGGCAAGGCCCCGAGAUGCAUGAAGUGUUGCAGGAGGUGGAGCGGCUGCGCAUGGAGAACCAGCAGCUGAGCAAGGACUAUGCCUGUAAAGCCGAGGAGCUGCAGGCCACCUACGAGCGGGAGAACGAGGCCAUCCGGCAGGCGAUGCAGCAGUCGGUGAGCGAGGCCCUGUGGCAGUGGCAGGAGAAGGAGACAGACCUCCGCAAGAACUUCCAGGUGCAGGAGUCCGCCCUGCAGGCCCAGGUCAGGAAGCUGGAGGGGGACCUGGAACACAGGGGCCGCAAGAUAAGUGACCUCAAAAAGUAUGCCCAGAAGCUGAAGGAGAGGAUCCAGGACCUGGAUGUGCACCUCAGGGAGGCUCGCCAGGAGAACUCCGAGUUGAAGAGCACAGCCAAAAAGCUGGGAGAGAAGCUGGCUGUGGCCAAGAACAGACUGACGCUGCAGGAAUGCCACGGGCCGCAGAGAAGCGAUGAUAUGAAGGCUGAGCUGAUUUCAGAGAAUGAAGUCGUGAGAGAAGUGAAUGACCGGGAAUCCUUCAGUCUCCAGCCUCAGCAGGACCAGAGCCUUCUCAAGGAAUGCCCAGGCUUGAAAGGAAGCACAGAUAUACAGACUGAGAAGGACACGAAUGUUGAGCAAGAGUCCAUGAAGCACAGAUAUGAAGAAGACCUCCGUGAAAUCAAGCGUGAGACGGACGAGGAGAAGAAGCGUCUCAGAGAUCCGCUAGUGAAGCAGCUGGAAGACUUAGUGAAGAAGCACUCGGUGGAGAUCAAGUCGGUCCGCUCCUCAGCAGAGGCGGAAAGGAAGGAGCUGCAGAAGGAAGUAGAAGCACAGUUGGAGGAAGUGAGGAAGAAGUCAGAAAGUGAAAGAAAACAGCUGGAAGUGGAGAAAGCGGCUCUCAGCAUGAAGCUGCAGAAUUCUCUGAAGGAGGUUUUCAGGCUGGAAGAAUUCAUCCAGCAGAGUCAGGCUCGUGCCCCAACAACUGAGGAAAGGUCUCCAGACACCAACGGCAGGGCUUCAGAGCCCCAGGAGCCCAGCUCGCAGCUGAAUGAGCCGUUCCAGACCAUGCUCGGAAGAGACGACUCUCAGGAUAAGCUGGCACCUGGUGAUGCAGUCCCCGGUGGGAGAGAAGAAGGGAGGCUUGAAGUGCCCCUCCAGGAGGGUGCUGAUCUGCAAACGCCUCUGAGCUCCUCCCGGAAGGAGAAGGCGAUCGAGCAUCUACAGGAGGAGUGGCAGAGCCAGAAGGCCAGAUUGCAAGCCCAGGUCUGGCAGCUUCAGCGUGCUCUAGAGCAGCGCACCAGCACCCACCGGGAGGACCUGCAGGAGCUCCGGCAGCUCUCCCACCGGGAAAGGGAGAGGCUGCAGCGGGAGCUCCAGGAGAGCUCCCAGCGGAACCAGGCCCUGAAGGCCCAGCUCGAGGCCUCCCACCAGCGAGCCCUCCAGGCCACGGAGGAGCACUUGCAGGAGUCGAGCCACAGCCUCCAGACCCAGCACCAGGCCCUCAGGCUGGAGCUACAGGCAGUUGAGGAGAAGGCCAGGCAAGAGCUCCAGGGGGAGCACAAGAGGAUGCAGGCCCAGCAGGCUCUGCUGCUAGAGUCCCUGAGGCAGGAGCUGUCCGAGCAGCGGAUUGCCUGCUCCGAGCACCAGCAGGACUUGGUGGCCCUGCAGGCCCACCUGAGGGCUCUGGGCAGCUCAGGUCAACAGCGGGCUGGCCCGCAGCCUCCAGGGGACAGCGGGAACCAAGCCCUCACCACCCAGGAGCGAGGCGACUCUGGCUCCCAGACAACAGGCGCCUGCGAGCAGGGCCAGAGCGAGGGCUGCGGGCUCUGGGAGGACGCGGUGCGGCGGCUGCUGGCUGAGGUGGAACUGCACAGACAGGAGGCGAUGCAGCUCCGCGAGCAGCUCAGGUCGCGGGAGGAGGAGCAGCAGGCCCAACGGGCCCGGGGGGUGGAGGCGCUGCGCCGAGAGCAUCGGGAGGAGAUGCAGGCCAUGGUGGCGGACUUCAGCAGUGCCCAGGCCCGGCUCCAGGCCCGGCUGGCUGCUCUGGAGGCAGAGCUCAGAGACUCCAGAGAGAAGCUGGGGAAGGGGGCUUCGCAGCCAGAGGACCUGCAGCUCAGUGGCCGCCUGCAGAGCCGCCUGAAGGGGCGAGAGGACAUCAUCGAGCAGCUCACGGAGAGACGCUUCCGUUACGCAGCGUUCCCCAGCGCCAUGUCCCAUCGGAACCGGUCCUUUUCCUUCAAUCCUCAUCCUGGGUAUUUGACCCCUUCCAUGAAGAAGAAGAGGGUGGAGGAAGUGCCCAGCCGAGUGGUCAGUGUGCCAAACCUCGCCUCCUACGCCAAGAACUUCCUGAGUGGUGAUUUGAGCUCCAGGAUCAAUGCCCCUCCAAUUACCAAGUCGCCCAGCCUGGACCCCAGCCCCAGCGCUGGCCGGCCCUACAAACCCAGCCAGGCUCCAGAUGCUAAAACUGCCUCAAGGAACCAAGAGGGUGAAACAGCCCAGCCCAAAGAUGUCCAGCAGAAGCCCGGCUCUGCCCACCAGGAGUGGUUCACCAAGUAUUUUUCUUUCUAAAGGGCCCUGGGCACAUCACUAGGACACUCGUCUUUUAAAACUGUCUGGUGGAGAGGAGUGAGCGGAAGCCCCAGCCAGCCAGCCAACCAACUAAUACCUUGCUCAUAACGUGACUGAUAAACUGCUAGCUGAAAUAAGGUUUGGUGUUGAAAUUCGUCCUGUCAUCCCAUAGUGGCACCAGUUCAGAGAAGAGAAAUCCUUGGCUUUAAAAUUCAGCAGGCCAACGUUUAUCAACCAACACUGCCUGGCUGAAUCUUUAACGCCAAGGGGCACCUUUUUUUUAAGACGCAAAUGUUCCUGCUGACUCCCCUUAGUGUAUGUCCCCUGUCGUCAGACCAUUGUCCCCUGACAGCCUCUCCACUGUGCCCUUUGAAAGGGGUUCCACUUUGCCUAAGGAUGCUGGUUGCCACCAUGUGACCAGUGAUGCCAUCCAGCAGGAACGGAAGCUGGAGCAGAAGAGGAGUCAGACAAAGUCUGAGAUCACAGGAAAGCCAGCCGGGGCUGCUGAGGAGGGGGUUGGGACAGACGGGGCACAUCUGAGGGGAAGAUCUUGACAAGACUGUCCAUCACCUGAAGACGUGGAAGUCUCAGUAGCCCACGAGGGCAGGUCUACCGUGACCUGUAGGGUGGCUAAGAGUCAGAACUGGCAAAUGGCAGUGAGUUUGGUUUUGCUGACUAAGGCCCAUCCCUGGAUGACAUCUACCUCAUCUGGGCUUUGUGAGGAUUAACAAUACCAUGCCUAAACAAAGGGACCUGCUGGGAAUUGGAAUUAACCCCCUUGAGGAUUCUUCUGGUUGACCGAGUGUCGCCCACCCAUGCCCGUCUCCAUGUCUGUGACCGUGGCGACGGGGGAACCUGGGAUUCCUGUGAUGGUGUCCAGACGGACUGCGCUUUGAGGUCAAGGGUGGACAGGGGCCGUUGUCUUCCGGUGCUUCACUCCCCCAUUGCAUGGACUCCCAGUCAAGGGCUGGGAAGGGCUGUUUCUGGUGCUGGCCAUGCCCUUGGCCCACAAUGAGUUCUCCUGACCUCCGAGGGACCGCUGAGAUUUGACGGGAUGCAUCACAGCUCUCCGUGGGCAAAGCCUGUGUCCACCAGGCACCCACAGUGUUUGUUCUAUGCACUGUCCAAACCUUUGCUCUUUGGAUAAAACCAUACCCAGGGGGCCGUGAAAACGGUUGUCGCUUGUGUUCUUUUCCACAGGAAGGAGGCAGACCGGCCUAAUGCGGUAUCUUCAUAUAAAAAGUUCCUGCAUCUGGUUGUGACAGAGUCCUGGGGUGGCCCUACCGACAUGCUGGUAUCUCUAACCCACCCAGAGCCCCCAGGGGAAAAAGGUGAUGUGCUGCUCUAAGCUCACAGCCUUGACCGCCCAACGGGGCAGUUCGGAGGGACUCGAUGGUAAAGGGUGUUGUCUUUGUUGUGCAGCACGUAAACACCACCUUGAGAGGAAGGCCAUUACAACUCUGAUUCACAGUUAAAGAUAAGCCCAGGUGGACGACAUGGUCGGCUACCCACAGCAAAGCCAGCAGUUCAAAAGCACCAGCUACUCUGAGGGACAGCGAUGGGGCUUUCUGUGCCUGCAGACUUACAGUUUCAGAUACCCCCAGGGCA